AGCAUCCACGACCGGACAAGCCCGGCCGGGGGGAGGCCGCGAAAGGCAGAGCGCCGCGAUCUCUGUCAGGAAGCUCAACCUCCCCGGGCCCCGCGGGGCCGCGCAGGGGGCGUUCUCAAUCCCGCGCCCGUUCCCUCUUUCCAUCCCCUGCCGCCCGCAGGCCACCCCGGGGCCCGGCUAUCCGCGCGCGCGUCCUCGGGCUCGGGCCCGUCCCCGGCCCUCGAGGGAGCCGCCGCCUUCAUCUACACCUCUGCAGCGGCCGCGUCAGAGGCCGCCCGGGCAGGACCCCGGCGUGAGCAUCGAGCGCCCCCCAAGGAGUGCACGACCCCCGGAGCCGCCCUCAACACGGACCGCGCCCGCCGGGCACACAAGAAUGGUCACUUAAAGUGGGCUCUGACGUCCAAGCUCCGGAUUUGAAUUCUUGAUCCACCAUUUGCAUGCUAUCCAGCCUUGUGUAAAUCCCUACCCCUUCACUGAGGUUCAGUUUCCUCUUCUGGUAAAUGAAGAAAAGAGUCCCAUAAUGUUCAGUGUUGGAAGAAUUGCCCGGAAAUUUUCACAUAAAGGAUUUUGUCUGGCACACAGCAGGGCCUUGAUACAUGGCCAUCGCCCAUGUCAGACGUGGCUAAUCCAUCACCACUGAGCGCCCCCUCACUCCCACUGAUGCCUGUGUAGGGACUGGGCCGUGAGCAGGUGUGGCCUGUUGUCUCCAGCAGAUACUCGGGGCCAUGGAGUCUCAGGUGGCGGGGGGCCCGGCCGGCCCGGCCCUGCCCAACGGGCCACUCCUUGGUACAAACGGAGCCACUGAUGACAGCAAGACCAACCUCAUCGUCAACUACCUGCCCCAGAACAUGACCCAGGACGAGUUCAAGAGUCUCUUCGGCAGCAUUGGUGACAUCGAAUCCUGCAAGUUGGUUCGGGAUAAGAUCACAGGGCAGAGCCUCGGUUAUGGGUUUGUGAACUACUCUGAUCCCAACGAUGCAGACAAAGCCAUCAACACCCUCAACGGCCUCAAACUGCAGACGAAGACCAUCAAGGUGUCCUAUGCCCGACCCAGUUCUGCAUCCAUCCGAGAUGCUAACCUGUAUGUCAGUGGACUCCCCAAGACCAUGAGCCAGAAAGAAAUGGAGCAGCUCUUCUCCCAGUAUGGCCGCAUCAUCACUUCUCGCAUCCUGGUGGACCAGGUCACAGGCGUCUCUCGGGGUGUGGGAUUCAUCCGCUUCGACAAGAGGAUUGAGGCUGAGGAGGCCAUCAAAGGACUGAACGGGCAGAAGCCGCUGGGCGCGGCAGAGCCCAUCACGGUCAAGUUCGCCAAUAACCCGAGUCAGAAGACUGGGCAGGCCCUGCUCACUCACCUCUACCAGUCGUCAGCCCGGCGCUACGCAGGCCCCCUGCACCAUCAGACGCAGCGCUUCCGGCUGGAUAAUUUGCUCAACAUGGCCUACGGAGUCAAGAGUCCCCUGUCGCUCAUCGCCAGGUUCUCCCCCAUCGCCAUUGAUGGCAUGAGCGGCCUGGCGGGCGUGGGCCUGUCGGGGGGUGCGGCGGGCGCCGGCUGGUGUAUCUUCGUGUACAACCUGUCGCCGGAGGCGGACGAGAGCGUGCUGUGGCAGCUGUUCGGGCCCUUCGGGGCGGUCACCAAUGUCAAGGUCAUCCGCGACUUCACCACCAACAAGUGCAAGGGCUUUGGCUUCGUCACGAUGACCAACUACGACGAAGCGGCCAUGGCCAUCGCCAGCCUCAACGGCUACCGCCUGGGCGAGCGUGUGCUGCAGGUGUCCUUCAAGACCAGCAAACAGCACAAGGCCUGAGCCGCCGCCGCCGCCCGCCCUCCCCACCCUCCCCGGGCAGCAGAGAGAGAGAGAAAGAGAGAGAGAGGGGCCCUGAGAGAGACAGCGCAGGCAGACCACCGACGGCACGAGGGCCCCGCAUCCCUGCGGAAGCCACAGGGUGAGCACUCGGGGUGGGAGAGUCUGCAGGGAAUGGGGGGUGCCUGGGGGUCCCCCACCCCGUCCUCCUGCCCCCACCCCAGGCUGGGCUGUUCACUCUCUCGUCUUGGUUUUGUUCAUGGCGAUGGUUUUUGUUUCUUUUUUCGGCUGAAAAGAAAGCAGAGAUGUGCCCCCACCCCACCUUCAACCACCCUCCACGGGAUGGCUUUGCGGGGACACUGGGGGUGCCCUCCCAGACCCCCUUGCCCAGGCCUCCCCAACACCUAGAUAAGCCUGAGGGGAGGGGGAACAGGUUUAAAAAUCCCCAAAAAAGCGAAACGGAGGAGGGGUGUGGGCAUCCCUGGCCCAGAGCCCCUGGAUGGAGUGUGAGGAGCAGGGGGAGGG